CGGCGGGGCCCGGGCCGCUGCGUGCCCCCGGCGCCGGGGGGAGGCCGCGGAAGGCAGCCUGCACGGGUGAGGUCUGCACGUAGUUGAGCGCAGCCUGAGCCCUCCCGGAGAGGAUGCCAACAGAAAACAACCACCUAGCAGACAAUAUUCAAGAACAAGACACUGGUACUGCUGUAAGCAAUAAUCAUCUCCAUAAUGCUGAAGAAUCAGGAACUAAACAAGAAAAUGGCGUGUGCAACAGUGACCUGGGUAAUAGUUCUGGAAUUCACAACUCUCCCAGCCAGCCAUCCACCUCUAUGGCAGUUCCUUUGGAGGCGCCCAAAAGAGGACAACCCCUGUUACAUAUCAACAGGCAGCAGAUUCAGUCUGUUUCUUAUAGCGCACAGGCUGCUGAACUCAAAGGUUUAGGAGUUGAUGUCUAUGACCAGGAUGUAUUGGAGCAAGGAGUUCUUCAGCAAGUAGAUAAUGCAAUUAAUGAAGCUAACAAAGCAACAAAAAUAGCUGAUGCUGAGAAGGAGUAUCAGUCAGUGCUGGAUGACUUAAGAUCAUGCACAUCAUCUCUGAAACAAAUAAACAAAAUUAUUGAGCAACUUUCACCUCAAGCUGCCAACAACAAAGAUAUAAACAGAAAACUAGAUUCUGUGAAACGACAAAAAUAUAACAAGGAGCAGCAGCUAAAGAAGAUCAAUGCAAAACAAAAACGUCUCCAAGCAAUUAUUGGUGGAACAGAGAUUCUUGAUAAAAUAAGUGAGAUUGAAUUUGAGGAUGAUGAAGAACCGGGUCCAUCCUCUCUUGGCAGUAUGCUUAUGCCCGUUCAGGAAACAGAGUGGGAGGAACUUAUUCGUACUGGCCAGAUGACCCCUUUUGGAACUAAAAUACCUCAGAAGCCAGAGAGGAAGGCACGCCGAUUAAUGCUAAAUGAAGCAUCUGAUUUCGAGAAGUAUUUAGCAGACCAAGCUAAGCUGUCAUCUGAGAGAAAGAAGUUAUCCCUUCACAAAGGAACAAAGAAGAAAGCUCAAGCCAAAAAUGUUCAAUGCAUAGCUUCCACGUCUACUACAAAGGAAAAAAAAAGUAAAUCCCUGUCAAAAACAGAUAAGCGGUUAAAAAAACACUUGAAGAAACUUCAGAAGCAUGCCCUUCAGAUUCAGUCAAAAGCAGGGAUUCCAAAAGAAAAGAAAUAUCCUGAGACCAAGAAGCCGAAACAUGAACAGGACGAUGAUAGUGGAGAGUCUGAGUAUGUACCUGAUGAGGAGCUCUUUGAUCCAGAAGAAGUCGAAGAGGAGGAAGAAUGGGUACCUUCUCAUGCUAAUAAUGAUUCUGAUUAUGAACUCAAGAAUUUGUCAAGAAAGGGAAAAUACUCGGUGAAGAGAGAUUCUAAAGAAGCUGAAGAAGAUGCUGACUACUUUCCAAGCUCUGAGGAGGAAGAGCCUACAGUAGGGAAGCGCAAAGUAAAGAGAUGGAGAGAUGAUGGAGAUGAAGACUAUUAUAAACAGAGACUAAGGAGGUGGCAAAAAGAACGCCUGAAGGACAAAGAACGUCAGGUCGCUGAGGAAGUUUCUGAUGACAGUGACACUGAGUUUGAAGAGGGUUUCAGAGUUCCAGGAUUUCUCUUCAAAAAGCUUUUUAAGUACCAGCAGACAGGUGUUAGGUGGCUCUGGGAAUUGCACUGCCAGCAGGCAGGAGGAAUUCUGGGAGAUGAGAUGGGAUUGGGCAAGACCAUCCAGAUAAUUGCCUUCUUGGCAGGUCUGAGCUACAGCAAGAUCAGGACUCGUGGUUCAAAUUACAGGUAUCAGGGACUGGGUCCAACAGUGAUUGUUUGUCCAGCUACUGUGAUGCAUCAGUGGGUAAAAGAAUUCCACACUUGGUGGCCUCCAUUUAGGGUCGCCAUUCUCCAUGAAACUGGUUCUUACACCAACAAAAAGGUGAAACUAAUUCGUGAAAUUGCUUCAUGCCAUGGAAUUUUAAUUACCUCUUAUUCAUACAUUCGACUGAUGCAGGAUAACAUCCACAGCUAUGACUGGCAUUACGUGAUUUUGGAUGAGGGUCACAAAAUCCGAAAUCCAAAUGCUGCAGUAACACUUGCGUGCAAGCAGUUCCGCACACCCCAUCGCAUCAUCUUGUCUGGCUCUCCUAUGCAAAAUAACCUAAAGGAGCUCUGGUCCCUCUUUGACUUUGUAUUCCCAGGGAAACUGGGAACGCUACCUGUGUUCAUGGAGCAAUUUUCUGUUCCAAUAACCAUGGGAGGAUACUCCAAUGCCUCUCCUGUGCAGGUAAAAACUGCAUACAAAUGUGCAUGUGUGUUACGGGACACCAUAAACCCCUACUUGCUGAGAAGAAUGAAGGCUGAUGUUAAAAUGAGCCUUUCACUUCCAGAUAAAAAUGAACAGGUCCUUUUUUGUCGUUUGACAGAUGAGCAGCGUCAAGUCUAUCAAAAUUUCAUUGACUCUAAAGAAGUCUACCAGAUUCUCAAUGGAGACAUGCAGGUUUUCUCAGGACUAGUAGCUUUGAGGAAGAUUUGCAACCACCCUGAUCUCUUCUCUGGUGGCCCCAAGAUUUUGAAGGGUGUACCAGAUGCUGAAGUGGAGGAAGCAGAUCAGUUUGGAUUUUGGAAACGGUCUGGAAAAAUGAUCGUGGUAGAGUCUUUGCUGAAAAUAUGGCACAAGCAAGGUCAUAGAGUGUUGUUUUUCACUCAGUCAAGACAAAUGUUGCAGAUCCUUGAAGCCUUUGUGAGAGACAGAAGCUAUUCCUACCUCAGGAUGGAUGGCACCACAACAAUAGCUUCCAGACAGCCCCUUAUAACAAGAUAUAAUGAGGACAAAUCCAUAUUUAUUUUUCUUCUGACAACUCGUGUUGGUGGUAUUGGAGUUAACUUAACUGGUGCUGACCGGGUUAUUAUCUAUGAUCCUGACUGGAAUCCCAGUACAGACACACAGGCUCGAGAACGUGCUUGGAGAAUAGGCCAAAAGAAACAAGUGACCGUGUACAGGCUUCUCACUGCAGGUACUAUUGAAGAGAAGAUAUACCACAGACAAAUCUUCAAACAGUUUUUAACAAACAGAGUGCUGAAAGACCCUAAGCAGAGGCGCUUUUUCAAAUCCAAUGAUCUUUAUGAGCUUUUUACUCUGAGCAGCCCGGAUGUGUCUCAGGGGACAGAAACAAGUGCAAUUUUUGCAGGUACUGGUUCAGAUGUUCAAGUCCCAAAACACCAAUUGAAACGGAAACAUGAAAAGCCAUCUGAUGGUGACACUUUGAAAGGUGGUCUCCAUCUUGGAAGCAGCAGCUCACCAAAGCACAGCAAGUCAUCCAAUUCCUACUCAACCAGCCACAUGACAAAUUCUUCUAAAGCAAUAGAAACAAGUGAGGAAACCAAAGGAAAUUUGGAAACCUUUAACCAAAAUAGCUAUGCAAAAGAUAAUGCACAGGCUGCUACUAAUAUAAAUUCAUUGAAUAAAAACGAGGAGGAAAGCUUGGAAACAGAUGACAAAUAUAUGUCCCAGUCAUUGCCAGGUGAUGCAGGGUCUUCAGAGAAUGCCAACUCUCUAAACAUCAUGGUGACUGAUGAAAUACAUGGAGCAGCUAAUGUAAAAGUCGAAGAAGAUCCUACCCUCACAUGUAGUGCAGCUGGCUCUUGGGAAAAGCAGGUUGCUAAAACUGAAGAUGGGCAAUCGGGUAAUAAUCAUUAUAAAUGUACCUCAAAAACAAAGCAUAGGGUGGAUGUGCUGUCACAUGAGAGCAGCCACAAAGAUAAGUCUAAGAAGAAACAUCACAAAGAUGCCAAGUUUGAAGGGGAACGUAUUCCUCAUCUAGUGAAACAAAAGCGCUACAGAAAGGAGGACAGCGAAGAGAAGGAGGAAGAUCCGAAGAAAAAUGAUGAUUAUGUCUUGGAGAAACUCUUCAAAAAAUCAGGAGUGCACAGUGUUAUGAAGCAUGAUGCCAUUAUGGAAGCUUCCAGUGCAGAUUAUGUGCUGGUAGAGGCAGAAGCAAACAGAGUGGCCCAGGAUGCCCUGAGAGCCUUAAAAGUCUCUCGACAGCGAUGUUUAGGAGCUGCUUCUGGUGUGCCAACCUGGACAGGCACAAGUGGUCUUUCAGGUGCACCAGCAGGAAUAAAGAGUCGGUUUGGUCAAAAAAGAAACCCUAUGCUGCUUUCUUCAUGUUCUACGUGUGUGUCACCUGGGAGGAAGAUUAAGGAUGUGGAUACAAUAAGGAAAGAAAAUGUAAAGAGUAGUAGUUCCAGUGCGCACUUUGAUGGAAAAUCAGAAACAGGAGAAUCGUCAUCCAGUGCACUAGAGUCUUCAUCCUUAUUAGCUAAGAUGAGGGCAAGAAACCACCUUAUUUUACCACAAAGGACAGAGAGUGAGGGAGAUGAGAAUCUUCAUCAAGCACCCGCUCCAGCCACAGUUUCAACAGAAUACGAUGAAUUGCUGGUGGAUGUGCGGAACUUCAUAGCAUUCCAGGCCCGUGUGGACGGUGAGGCUAGUACUCAGGAAAUACUGCAGGAAUUUGACUCCAAACUGCCUGCAGCACAGUCUUGCGUCUUUAGAGAACUUCUCCGCAAUCUCUGCACCUUCCAUAGGAGCCCUAACGGUGAAGGUGUCUGGAGACUGAAGCCAGAAUUCCGCUGACCUCUGUCGAGAGAAGGCACCUGUUUGCGCUUGGCCAACACUCUGCUUUCAGAGACAUGGUGUUUGUCUCUUGAAAUGAGGAAUUAUUUCACGUUUGUGAUUUAAUAACUGACUUAAGCAGACAGUGAAGCAGCAUUUGUUGCAGGCUUAGAGCUGACUUCAUUUCUGAUUUAAGCUAUUUAUAUCAAAGUGCCAUCUACCUCAUAGGUGAAACAAUACAAAAUAUCAGCACCUUUUCUUUAAAAGAAAUCUUAAUAUAAAUGGGAUGAAGAACACCUACUGACAUUUUACUGCAAUAAAAACCAUGGAUGUUGCCGUGGGCUAUAAGACUUUUAUUUGAUUUCUGUGAAAUUCCAAGAACUGCUUUCUCAAUUCACUAUAUGUUAUUUGAGUAGUCAUUAGGCACAUAGUGUACCACCCAAAUUAAAUAAAUAAAUGAGGAUAGUGGUCAGCAUGAGAGAUCCACUUGUACUGACAAAGUUACCUAAAUCAUUAAGAAGCUUUCAUUAUUAGUGAAAAUUUGCUUUUAAUGUUGCUGCUUUCAUUGUUGCCAGCAUCCAACAAAUGAGUGUAACUUAGAUCACUAAUUAACUUGGAAAAUAUUUUUUUUUUUUUUUGCCACAGAGGUUUAAUAACAAAAAUGGAAAGUCUAGCAGGAUAUUGAGACCACUGAAAGUUGCUAAUUAUAGAAAACUGAUUAGAUUAUGGAAAACUCAUUUACCCCAUAAUAAUUGAUUUGGUCACAGUCCUGUACACAGUUAGCAGUUGCUCAAAACAAUACUUCUUACCAGUGGGAUAACAGUAACUUGUUUGUCACAGGUUGUGUGGACUGAUAAUUGAGAUCCCAUGAAAUGUUUGCAGGUCUCAUUGUAAUUGACACUGAAAAUUUUCCAAUUCCCUGUUAGCAUUUAGUCUUCAUCAAGGUACAAGAUUGAGAAAUGUUAUUUGGUCAGAGAAUGAAUGAUUUCACUGUAUUUUGCUGCACUUAAUCACUUGUGGUUAGACAGAGUCAUAAUAGGAGCAUACACAGAAGUCACAGGUCAUACCUAUUCUGUAGAUAGGGAAAAAUCUUGGUCUCCCUGCCAGUCAGACAAGUUCUAAGUCAAUACCUGUUUUUUUCCAAGGAAGGAAAAAGUGGAUUAUUUGUGGCAAACCCAAGUACUAUGCUGGGUCUGUCUUCAGAGUGCUGGUGUUCUAGGUGAAGAAAUCUUGAGAAAAAAAAAAAAGUUACAAGAGCAAAAUGAUGGUCUUACACAUUUUUGCAGCAACAUUAAACUACUGUGUGAUUUAAACUAGCAACAGUUAAAUGUGCCUGAUGUCCUUCCUGUCCCUAAACUAUUGAGAAAAGGGAAACCUGAGUUACUAGCUAUUUUAUUUUGUACACUAUGAAAUUAUCUUAUUUCAAGUACAAAUAUUGAACGGUGAAGCAAGAGUACAAAUUGGGUUUCUUUGUGCUAGAGAAAGGUGGUCUUUAAUAUACUUCCAAUGGCUUUUCUUCUUUUUACUCUGUGUUAAAGGUUCUGUGAAUAUUUGUAAAAAAGUGGCCCCUCACUGUUUCAAAAACUGGUUAGUUACCUUUUCACAGAUUGGGAUUGGAGAGGACAGACAGUAGAAGAAUCUACUUUUCUUCCUCACGGUAUUUGAAGGUGGGACUGUUGCACCUUUUCCUGACAUCUUUUUCUGUUUCUAUUUAUAUUUAUUUAUAUUCUUUCUUUCGGUGGAAAGAUGAAACCAAGAAUCUAGGUUGCAAUCACAAAACAAAAAAUGCUUAGAAAAAUGUAGAUCUGUGAGAUCCAUCGCUUAAAAUGGAUUAGUAAAAGAGUAAAACCAAGCCAGUCUUGCUGUUUUCUCCAAAGCUACAGGGGAUUUCAGUUGGAUUUGUGUAACAUUCCUCCACGCACACAUGCAUCCUUAUCCAUGUCCCAGGAACAACCCAGGAAUUUUGCUGACAAAGCUGCUGUUGUCACCAUACUUGUCAGUUCUGGAGUCCUGUUUUAUUUACUACUUUCAGUCUUAAAGACAUAGUUUCUGUACUAAGGAAAGUUUGGAACUUCUUACUGAUGAUCUGUUGAUGUAAAUGGACUUGCAUGUGCUUUUAUAAACCCUUGGCUUUUAUGGACUUAUUAAAAAAAGCAAAA